UUAUUUCGAUGAUCAUACGUUUGUUGAAGCACGUCGGCCUCUUGCUUCCUUUUCGGUGAAUUAAAAUCCUACUUUCACUCCAUUGUGUAUCGUGAAUAACAACGGUUCUAAAUGUGCUGUGAGAGAACUGAUCUUAUUUCGAUAUUCCUCUAAGUACACAUGCCAUGGCCGUAGCCAUACCCGUAAUGGCUUACAAAAAAUAUUGUGUUGUGUUUAUAAUUUUCGCUCUAGCGAUAGUGCAGGCCGUGGGUUACGACACGGAGUUGUAUGAAACAAAGCCUUGCGAUAGCAACGUGUGCUUCGAAGCCCUGCACGGGGCCUUGGGCGACUGCUCGUGCAACAUCGAUACCAUAGACUACUUCAACAACGUGAAGAUCUUCCCACGCAUCCAGAGCCUCGUCAGCAAGGACUACUUCCGUUUCUACAAGGUCAAUUUGAAAAAAGAAUGCCCUUUUUGGGCGGACGACAGCAGGUGCGCUAUCAAGUAUUGCCACAUCAAAACAUGCUCCAAAGAGAGUGUGCCUGGAUAUGCUAAUGGAUACGAAAACGAGCACGAAGAUGAGGCGCCGGCCGUCAAGUAUACUAAGGAAGCGCAGUCAGGGUGCAGCAACGAUCCAGAUCUAGACUUGGAUCUAGGCUAUUUGAACAUGACCAUAAGUGCAGCCAGUCAAUAUGAAAUUGCUAAGUGGAAAGCCCAUGAUGAUGCCUUAGAGAAGUUCUGUGGAAAUGAUGACAGAGAUGCUGAUGCUGACUAUGUUGAUCUGUCUUUGAAUCCUGAGAGGUACACUGGCUACAAAGGUCCCUCAGCUCACAGAAUCUGGAGGAGCAUUUAUCAAGAGAAUUGCUUCCGUCCCAAAUUGAAUCCGUAUGAAUCUUUCCCUUAUGUUCUAAGUACUGAUCUGAGCAACAUGUGCCUGGAGAAAAGAGUAUUCUACAGAGCUAUAUCAGGUAUGCACACAAGUAUUAAUAUUCAUUUGUGUUCCAAGUAUUUGCUCUCUGAAAAAAGUGUUGGAUUCGCUGCACCGCCAGAAGGAGAGUGGGGUCCUAACGUAGAAGAGUUCCAAAGACGUUUUGAUCCCUCGCAAACAUUUGGGGAAGGGCCCAAUUGGCUCAAAAAUAUCUACUUUGUUUAUUUGUUGGAGAUGCGUGCCCUGGCUAAAGCUGGUCCAUAUUUAGAGAAAGAAGAGUAUUUCACAGGCAACCCUACAGAAGAUGAGGAAACCCGGCAGGCUAUCAAAAACAUGCUCGGUGUCAUAUACAGUUUUCCAGAUCAUUUCAAUGAGUCUUCGAUGUUCAGCGGAGGCAGUCAGGCUGCUAAAUUGAAAGAGGAGUUCCGAGAGCAUUUCUGGAACAUAUCAAGGAUUAUGGAUUGUGUGGGUUGUGAUAAAUGCAAAUUGUGGGGCAAGCUGCAGACUCAAGGGCUUGGGACUGCCCUAAAGAUCCUGUUCUCAGCCAGAUGGGACAACCCUGAAGGUGACCUUGAGCAGGGAGAGUUCCCACUGAAGAAUAGAGUGCAGCGGCUGCAGAGAACAGAGAUUGUAGCACUGUUUAAUGCAUUUGCUAGAUUGUCAAAUAGCAUAAGAGAGCUGGAGAACUUCAGGAUAAUGCUCAGACCUCAACUUCAAGAGAAAGGAAGAUAUUUGACGUGUGAACAACGUGUUACGUGAAUUAUGUGAAGUUUCAUAAAUACUAAACAUCACAAACAUAUUUAAUGGCAUCACAGCAACUAGUCUGAAUAUCGUAGGUUAGUUUUCAAAUUGCAUAGGCUUUUUAAAUUAUACAGUGAAUAUGAUUAUUAAAUUGUGUAUUUCUUCUUUUUAGCAUAGCU